UUAUAGUGCUACCAUUUUAACCUACUUAAUAUUGAUCGCAUGACACGAAAUUGCAAUAAAAUAUUUCAUUAUUAUGUCAAUAAUGUCUGUAACUACACCAUGAAAUCAUGUCUAAUACUCUGUGGAAUUUAAUAAUUAUUACACUUAUUGCGUAUUAUGCACAGAUUAUUUACCAUGAAUGGUCCCGACCAAUUGUGCUUACCAAAAAUGGAUGGAUUCGGGGUUUGAGAUCAGAAGAAGGGUAUGACUUGUACUUAGGCAUACCUUAUGCAAAAGUAAGAGAGGAUAACCCUUUCACAACUUCCUCGGCCUAUCCGAGAUGGAACGGAAUUUUAGAUGCCAGCGACAACACCAAGCUGUGUCCACAUGUAGAAGAGGCACUAAAAAUACCCGUGGGUACACUCCAAUGUCUGAAUUUACAUAUAUAUGCGCCUCGUAAUAGGAAGAGCCUUCCCGUGAUCGUGUUCAUCUAUGGCGGCCAAUAUAGAUUUGGCCAUGUCGGUCGAAUUGGAAGUUAUGUUGUAUACAUACCAGAAUUUUUCGUACAAAACAAUGUUAUCGUAGUAACAUUCAACUAUAGAUCUGGUGUCUACGGUUUCCUUUGUUUAGAUACGCCCGAAAUACCCGGUAACCAGGGUCUGAAGGACCAAACACUAGCAUUGCAGUGGAUAAAGACAAAUAUAGAGAAUUUCGGUGGAGAUUCUAACAGAGUUACAAUUUUGGGGCACAGUUCCGGCGCCAUGAGUACAGAUUUUCAUGCCUAUGUCAAUCCUGAUUUAUUCAACCAAUUUAUCUUGCAAAGCGGAUCAGCAUUUAUACCAGGGGGCAUCGGCGAAGCAGAUAUAAAGAAACCGAUCAAAAUAGCCAAAACAUUAGGGUAUGAAGCUACUACAUUAAAUGACGCUAUAAAGUUUCUGGCCAAAGCCGAUGUCCAAGCGGUGGCUACUGCAACUAAGGCCGAGAUUUUCAGGCCGUGUAUAGAAAAACAUUUCCCGGGAGUCAAAGGCUUUUUAAACGAACAUCCAGUCAAUAUGAAGUUAGAUUUAAGUAAUAAAACUGUUUUAAUUGGGAACACUAAGAGGGAAUAUGCUAAAGAAAUUUGUUUACCGUAUAAUGCUAUCGAUAGUAAAGAUGUGAUUAAAAUUAAUUUGAAUAUAGGUUUUGAGCACAAUGAUCAUAUUGUUGAGAGAAUAAAAAAAUACUAUGACGCACAUGAAAAAGAGGGUAAAGUUGAAUAUGAAAAUGUUCUGAAGUUCUUUAGCGAUUUAUAUUUCAACUAUCCAACGGAUCGGACGAUUGAUAAAUAUUUGAGUAGUGGAGCCAAAAAGAUAUAUCAAUAUAUAUUCUCUUACUCUGGAAACAGAAAUCUAAUGAAGGUGAUGAGAAACAUAUCUGUUGAAGCAACAACGCAUGGCGACGAUCUUGGAUAUUUAUUUAAAAUGACAUGUUUGGAGAAGACGAGUGAUAGCGAUCAACUUUUGGUUGACAGAAUGCUGAGUAAGAUCGGGACUAGACGACGGCCAGUCUUCAGCUCGGAUGAAGUCCGAAACGUUCGUUUCCAACCAAGACUGCGCAGAUCCAUGGAUAGAUGGACCAUUCUUGGUUAUUGAACAUAGUAUUGUUAAGCGACUUCACUACCUUCUCAAGAAUGGUAUCUUGAUACACUUGUGCCGAUGUUUUGAUACCUUUUUUACAAUAGUAUUGCUCAGUCACUCCUUCAUAGCUACUAUCCCACCAAACCAUCACUGAUGUUGUAUAGUGCCCACGUUGCACUCUGUCAACUAAUUGGGAAGCUUGCUUAGAGCUUUAAACA